AAGUUUAACCAUCCCUCACUUUGUCUGUACACAUGUCAUGCCCGGGUUGGCCCACUCAACUUGAACUUUGACUUUGACAAGACGGAUAAUUACCGGACGGUAUUCGUCAGGUUGUUAGUUUAUGCUCGAGUGCCUAGAAGCAACAUGGUUUAUCUCGCUCUGCUGCUCGUUUGUCUCCAAGGAGCUCUUCCACAUACGGUGACAACUGCUCAGUUCAGAGGUGGUGAUGUGCGUCUGGUCGGCGGCUCCUACCAGUGGGAGGGACGAGUGGAAAUGUACUUUGCUGGAUCAUGGGGCACUAUCACUGACUCUGACUGGACCAGUGAAGACGCACAGGCUGUCUGUCGCACCAUGGGAUACUUCAGACCU